AUGUUAUUGACACUGCAGAGAAGACCAACCACCUCGGACAAUAAGUUCCCCACUGUUCAGCUGUUCCUUCUUGCAAUAUGCCGCGUCGCAGAGCCGAUCGCCUUGACAUCCAUCUUCCCAUACUCAUGGGUAAUGAUCAGGGACUUCGAUGUGGCUGAUACCAACAGCGCUUCCUUCUAUGCAGGAAUCCUUGUUUCUGCAUUCUCCCUUGCUGAAGCUCUUACCGGUAUGUUCUGGGGAUCUCUCUCAGACCGAGUCGGCCGCAAACCCGUCCUCAUCACCGGCUGUUUUGGUACAAUGCUGUCUCUUCUCAUCGUGGGGUUCGCCUCGAAUUUCUGGGUGGCACUAUCUGGACGGGUCCUUGGUGGAAUACUGAAUGGAAACAUUGGGGUCAUUCAAACCAUGGUCGGCGAAUUGGUCAAGAGGCCCGAGCACGAACCUCGAGCCUACGCUGUUAUGCCAUUUGUGUGGUCAAUUGGUACAAUCAUUGGACCAGCGAUUGGGGGGUUGCUUGCAAAGCCUGCAGAAGGUUUUCCGUUUUUGUUCUCCCCCAAUGGCUUAUUUGCCAGGUUCCCUUACCUCUUGCCCAAUCUUGUCUGCUCCGUCUUACUUCUCUGCAGCAUAAUCUCCAGUUGGUUCUUGCUCAACGAGACACAUCCUGACAUGCAACCCUGGAGUGUGCCAGAUGAUCUUGAUGAUCCUGUCGUGGAACGCCCUCUUCUUACAACUGCCGGCGUGAAGGCCAAUGCAGGUGCAGAUCUGCGUGCGGAAUCCUAUGGCACUUUCAACCAAGUCCACCUUCGCGAUGGUGAGAAUGGGACGGUGUGUGCAGAUGAUUCAAAGCCCGAGUCUACCCCGCCGAAACAGAAUGUGUUCACGUGGCGAGUGACCAUGCUUAUCAUCGCCUUGGCUAUUUUCACGUACCAUUCGAUGACGUAUGACCAUCUAUUGCCCAUCUUCUUACAGGACAAAAGCGCCAGAAGCAUCUCCACGUUGUCGAAUUUGACUCUUAGAUUUCAAGGCGGUGUUGGCCUUUCAACUCGAACCGUCGGGUUGAUUAUGUCGACCGAUGGUGUUAUUGCGCUCAUCAUCCAAAGUCUGAUUUUCCCUGUCUUGGCUCGGCGUUUUGGUGUCUGGAAGCUUUUCGUUGUCGUCACCAUUCUUCAUCCUCUGGCUUAUUUCAUGGUGCCAUUCCUCAUAUUUGUUCCCGGCAAUUAUAUGAUUUUUGGCAUCUACACCUGUUUAGUGGUUCGCAAUAUUCUCUCGAUCAUCGAUUACCCAGUCCUCCUCAUCCUGAUCAAACAAGCGAGCCCAUCCGAUUCUGUUCUGGGGAAGAUAAACGGUCUUGCGGCCUCUGCUGGUGCCCUCUCGCGAACAAUGGCGCCUCCAAUCUCUGGCUUUCUGUACAGCACUGGUGCCAUGAUUGACCUCACUGCCCUUGCCUGGUGGGGGAGCACUUUUGUCGCAAUCAUUGGUGCGGUACAACUAUGCAUUAUCGAGCCAAAGAAGCAUACCUCUGUUACAGUUCAUCCGGCUGCGCAUUGUCUCUACACGUUACAUGUAACGCCAUAUGAAGAAGAGACUGUCCGUAUUAUUGUGACUAACGCUGACAGUGAGGAGGUUGACAAUGCCUAGUCGAAAGGCGAAGCAUGCCGCAAUCGUACAGGCAUGCGUGGACAGUCACCAAUUUCCUAAACAGCCACUUUCUGUCCUGAAGUGAAAUAUCUUCUUGAAAGUUGGAGGAAUCUCAUUUGCGUGAGGAUCGUAUGUACUGCUUUUGAAUACCAUGAUAUUAUCGGGAUGUUGUCCUUGCCAAAAAUGGGUUGAUGUGCUGCAUUAUGGCGCUUGCAAGGUAUUCUAAUGUCAAAUUAUGGACAUAUGACAGAUUUAGAUCGUUUCUGCCCUGACUGUUCCGAUCACUUUGUAUCAUUAUAGACGGGCUGUAGC